AUGGCUGAUCAAAUCAAUGAACUACUAAUGAAAAAUCAUGAAUUACGCCCAACUGGUUCUGCUCCAUUCCCUGAAGUGAAUGUGACAACUAAAAAUGAGAAAGAAUUUAAAGAAAUAAACCAUGCCAAUGGCAGUGGUAAUAGACGCAAACGUGGUCGUGGUUAUGGUCGCGAACGUGGAUAUGGAUAUGGUCAAGAUGGUCAGUUUAGAAACUCAUAUUCACACCAGAAGUGGGAUUGUAAAGAUGAAAGCAAGCAUGAGAAAGAAAAGGAAAACAAUGUGACCAAUAAAUAUUAUCGUUGUGGAGGAAAAGGUCAUUGGUCACGUUUGUGUCGUAAUCAAAAUCAUCUAGUUGAUCUUUAUCAGCAGUCACUAAAACAGAAGGACAAUUAUCUAAGUUAUAAUUUAUGA